AGUCUCUCUCCGGAGGGACUUCCGUCCCUCCCCGCCGCUCCCCUCCCAGGCCCGGCGUGUCCGUGUCUUCGCGGAAGGACUAUCGAUAAAGUUUUCCCUCUUCUCGCUCCCAGGCUCCGCGCCUCUUCUCGAGUACCGCGAGACCUGGCGGCGCGGCUAGCAUGGCGGCGGCGUUUGAACCCCCGGCGGCCUUAGCGGCGGCGGAGCGCGCUGUGCCAGCGGAAGGUGUGGCCGUGCAGGUCUCGGCCCCAGAGCCAAGCCCUGGGACCGUGCGGAGCCUGCGGACGGCUCACGAUGUCAGCGGCCCGCGGACCCGCACGGGGGACGUCCUACUGGCGGAGCCGGCGGACUUCGAGUCGCUGCUGCUUUCGCGGCCGGUGCUGGAGGGGCUGCGGGCGGCCGGCUUCGAGAGGCCCUCGCCCGUGCAGCUCAAGGCCAUCCCGCUGGGGCGCUGCGGGCUCGAUUUAAUCGUUCAGGCUAAAUCUGGCACUGGGAAAACCUGUGUAUUCUCCACCAUUGCUUUGGACUCUCUUGUUCUUGAAAACUUAAGUACCCAGAUUUUGAUCUUGGCUCCUACAAGAGAGAUUGCCGUACAGAUACAUUCUGUUAUCACAGCUAUUGGAAUCAAAAUGGAAGGCUUAGAGUGUCAUGUCUUUAUUGGAGGGACCCCGUUAUCACAAGACAAAACCAGACUUAAAAAGUGUCAUAUUGCUGUUGGAUCUCCUGGCAGGAUUAAGCAACUUAUAGAACUUGACUACUUGAACCCAGGCAGUAUACGUCUCUUUAUUCUUGAUGAAGCAGAUAAGCUCUUAGAAGAAGGCAGCUUCCAGGAGCAAAUUAAUUGGAUUUAUUCUUCUUUGCCUGCCAGUAAACAGAUGUUGGCAGUAUCAGCUACUUACCCCGAAUUUUUGGCUAAUGCUUUGACAAAGUACAUGAGAGAUCCCACUUUUGUAAGGCUGAAUUCCAGUGAUCCAAGUCUGAUAGGUUUGAAGCAGUAUUACAAAAUUGUCAAUUCAUACCCUUUGGCCCAUAAGAUUUUUGAGGAAAAGGCUCAGCAUUUACAGGAACUCUUCAGCAGAAUUCCUUUUAAUCAAGCUUUAGUCUUUUCUAAUUUGCACAGCAGAGCACAACAUUUGGCUGAUAUCCUAUCUACUAAAGGCUUUCCUGCUGAGUGCAUUUCAGGCAACAUGAAUCAGAAUCAGCGUCUUGAUGCUAUGGCUAAACUGAAGCAGUUUCAUUGCAGAGUCCUCAUUUCCACAGAUUUGACUUCCCGUGGGAUUGAUGCUGAGAAGGUGAAUCUGGUUGUAAAUCUGGAUGUACCAUUGGACUGGGAGACAUAUAUGCAUCGGAUUGGCAGAGCUGGACGUUUUGGUACUUUGGGACUGACAGUGACCUACUGUUGCCGGGGAGAAGAAGAAAAUGUAAUGAUGAAAAUUGCUCAGAAAUGUAAUAUCAACCUUCUCCCUUUACCAGAUCCCAUUCCUCCUGGUCUGAUGGAAGAAUGUUUGGAUUGGGAUGUGGAGGUUAAAGCUGCUGUGCAUACCUAUAGCUUAGCAAGUGUACCUACGCAACCCCUGAAAAAGCAAAUUCAAAAAAUGGAGAGAACCUUUCAAACUCAGAAAGCUCAUGGUAACCACUUGGCUUCCUCUAGAAAUACUUCUGUAUCUGCACAGUCAGUCAAACCAAAAAAUAAUACCAAACAAAAGCUUCCUGUGAAAAGCCACUCAGAGUGUGGAAUCGUAGAAAAAGCAGUGUCUUCAAAAGAACUGGGCUGUGCCAUACCAUCAGAAGAGCAACUGAAGAAAUCUGUUCAGACCCCUGUUGAGAACUCUGCCAACAGUCAGCACCAGGUCACAGAUGCUUUACCUGUGUCACUCCCCAAAAUUCCUUGUCUGUCUUCCUUUAAAACCCAUCAGCCAUGCACUUUCACCUUUGCAGAAUUGGUAGAGGAUUAUGAACACUAUAUUAAAGAGGGGUUAGAGAAACCUGUGGAAAUCAUCCGGCACUAUACAGGUGCUGGGGAUCAGAGUGUGAAUCCUCAAAAUGGUUUCGUGAGAAAUAGAGUUACUGAGGAGAGAGUCCAGAUAUUGGCAAGUAGUAGCCAAUCUGGAGACUCUGAGAGUGACAGUGAUUCUUAUAGCUCGAGGACUUCUUCCCAGAGCAAAGGAAAUAAGUCAUACUUGGAAGGUUCUUCAGAUAAUCAGCUGAAAGAUUCUGAAUCUGCUCCUGUGGAUGGUUGUAUCUCUUUGGAACAAACUCUGAAUGGAAAUGACACCCCCAAUCUAGAGGAAUAUCAGGAAUCACCUGAAAUCCAGAUAAAGGCAAGGCAUAAAGAGGGGGUCAGCCAGAGAGCUAAGCAGAGCCGGAGACACCUACCCCGGCGAUCUUCCUAUCGAUUGCAGACAGAACCCCAGGAAGAUGGUUGGUGUGACUGUCAUGGGGAAACACAUCCGAGUUUUUCUGAUACCUAUCAGGAUUAUGAGGAGUACUGGAGAGCUUACUACAGGGCAUGGCAAGAGUAUUAUGCUGCUGCAUCUCAGUCAUAUUACUGGAAUGCUCAGAGACAUCCGAGUUGGAUGGCAGCCUAUCACAUGAAUACCAUUUAUCUACAAGAAAUGAUGCGUGGUAACCAGUGAUUAUAGGAUACGCCUGAGACGACCAGGAACCAUCAACAAGUGAUAACUUUGGAAAUCCAUCCUCCUUGACCUGUAGUACAGUGGCAUAUAGUGGCAUUUUUGAGGAACUUGAAAAGACUUGAAGCUUUCCACCAGGAUACAACUAUUUUUCAGAUUGUUUUAAUUAGGCCAGGUGUAUUAUCUUCGUUUUUAAGAGUUUUUAAAGAAAUUUCAUCAGAUUCUUGAAAGAGAAUUUUUGGAACACAGAGCUGAAGGUCCCAGGGUGCCAUUUUCUAUAAGCUGUUCCUAAAAGAAACGUUUAAAAAGAUGACAUAUAUACCACUGCUUACUUAAAAAAAAAUAAAAACAGUUGAGAUUUGAAAAGUAA